CCAACAAUAAACUAAAGAAUUAUGAUAAAUAUUUUAUUUUCGCGUGUUUGUAUACUUACCUGUGGUACCUUGUAUCCCGGUUAUAUUUCGUUUAAAACUGUGCGCGCCAAAAUUGUCGAGGACUAUGUAAAAUGGAUGAUGUAUUGGAUUGUGUUUGCCAUAUUUACGACAGCUGAAAGUUUUACGGACAUAUUUCUAACAUGGUUCCCUUUCUACUAUGAAUUUAAAGUGAUAUUAAUCCUAUGGCUUUUGCCCACUAUGGGUAAUGGUAGUUCGUUUCUAUAUAAAAGCUGUAUACAUCCGCUGCUGAAGAAACAUGAGACACGUGUUGAUCAUCAUUUGGAACAAGUAAGGGAAAAAGGACAGGAUUUGGUGUUGCACUAUAUGAGAGAAGCAGUCUUAUGUGUUGGCAGAGGUAUAAUGAGUGUGAUCAAUAAAAACUUUCCGAAUGGUGUUUUAGGUCUGUUGGCCAGCAACAAUCCUUAUGGUAAUAAUGCAGGCAGAUCUAUACAAGUUCCCAGUAAUAUUGUUAUUGAAGAGGAAGUAGUGCAACAUGUUGUUAAGAAGACUGGUCGUAAAAAUGCUACAAAAACUUCAGCACAAAAUUUAGAUGCUGACGAGCCACAUACAUCUCGUGGACGCACACGCAAGGCUCGUCAAUCUAAGCCGGAUAUUGAUUAUAAUUUAAAUGAAAGUAUGAGUUAGUUUUAAGAUUUUGUAUUUCUGUGUAGUUUUUAGAUUUUAUUUAAUGUUUUAUUUGUAUACCAUCUCUUUCAUAAAUGUAGUCCAUCUUACUUUUAUUUGUUUCUAAUUUAAAAUAAAUUGUAUUUUGAUUUUA